GGAGUGCCUCUGGUAUUAUCCACUUAGCGGGAAGCGAGGAAUUUUCCGAGGUACAUAAUGAGUUCCGAAGGGGAAGACUUCCACAAGACUGAGCUUCAUAAACACUGUCGGUUUUGUGGGAAGCUUUGCAGCAGUGGAGAGACGAAAUACAAUGUCGUCCAGCACAGGUUGGAUCUACAGGCAGUGUAUGGCCUGCCCUUAGAGAGCGAUGACCCUGCAAUCCACCCCCAAGAGUUCUGUCACUCCUGCUACUGCUCUAUGAAGAGAUCCACGUCCUGUUCACCAAUGCACAAACACACUUCUGAGAACUGCAUGGUAAACAUAACACAAACAUGCACACAUAUCAACAGCCAAAAUAUUCUACUUAUUGUAGACCUGUGAGCACUUUCGUCAGUCACACCGGGCAGGGAGACCUAAAAAGCGGAGUAGUGGUGGCAAGGGACGUCCCGGUCCACGACAAAAUUUGAUGAAGACCCGGAGUACUCGAACCUAAACAACUAACACUUCGGAGUAUCUGCAAACGGCUUGGACGAGAACGCUCAGCAAAGAGCCCUCUCCGCGGCUAGCACUGCCAGCUCAGCAAAAACCUCACGUUUUGCACAAAAGAGCUGACUAGAAACGGAACGGAACAAGCUCAUACCGUAUUUUAAAAUUUUUUUAUUACGUCACAUUUACAACUAAAACGCGCAAUCGAAACAGCCGUGGACUAGACUCUGGUGGUAAUCACACACCUUGCUGUCACUGGGAGACACAAUGUCCCUCCGCCACGAUGAGGAACCCUCUCCCUCUUCUUCAAGAGCUUUGCGGCUAAGGAAUAAAUCUGGCAGCGAUGUACCUGCUAAACGGGUCAGGAUGGAUGAAGAGCAGGAAUCAGCUGAUGAGGACCAGGUGACAACAGACGAAGGAGACGAAGAAGAGGUCAUUGAUGAGGAGAUAGAUGAACUGCUCUAUGACACCACUGUGCUCAUGUGUGGGCUUGUAGUGUGCAAGAAGGAGCUGAAGCUGCCUAACAGGUCACACUUAAGUGUGAAGGAGGUAGCUAAAUACGCUAGGCAACAGAACUCUCCACUACCAAAAACCCCGCAAGGGGAAUUCGUGUUCGUGUCUGGAGCCCCCAAGAAUGUGGCCAUGUUCAGAUAUAAAAACACAUCGAGGUGUAGUUUCACCAAAAGUAAGCACCACAAGCAGUUCCCAAUUAUCGGGAAGCCAACGAACUCUAUAGGCUUGCCUGAAAUAGCACCUUCCAACAUGAGGGGAAUGGGGAGCACAUAUCUUUUUCUCAGAAGUGCAAACUACACAAUGGUCAAGGGUAAGCUGAAUUUACAUCCUGUGAGUGCUACCCCAAAUCUGGGUAAGAUUCAGGAGGCUACACGAACAGAUAAGCUUCUUGCAGCUCUGGAAGGGAUCAUCAACAAUGAACACCUCCCUCUUCAAAUUUUUCGUGCACCGAGGGAUUCAAACAGAUUCUCUCCAUUUACAGGGGGGGGAGACAUUUAUAUCCAUGCAAAAACUUCCACAGUUUCAGCAUGUUUGCACACUAAAACAGAUGACGAUGAUGACGAGGAUCAGGCAGUUGUGCAUGGUGAGCUCCGCUGCACAGCAACGAUUGAGAACAAGUUCCUGUCUGUAGCUACAGAAGACGAUGUGCGCAAUCAGCUGCAGGCCAAUAUGCUGGUUUGUGCAGCAUCUCAACUGCACCAACUAGCCAAGAAUGACCCACAAGGUGUGAAGAAUAUCAAUGUAAUCACCACAUAUGGAGUUGCAAUUGGCACUAAUGUCAGCCUCCCCUUGCUUCUUUUGAAACAAGUUGUACAUCUUGAAAGGUCAAUGCUUUUUUACGAGGAACUGUGGAGAAAACAAUGGACAGAAGAACAUUAUAUGCACAUUGACCGUGCACUUUCAUAUGUUUUGAAAAAACUGACUGAAUAGUAUUUGCCAUGCAUUAACACUCAAACUUAGAAGAUGUGUUCAUCUGACAUGCUUUACUUAUUAUGUUAUGCAAUGUGAGAAUGAUAAUAACAGACUUGCAGCUGGACUGCAGU